AUGGAUCCCAUGAGUCUGUCCGUGAACGCGGUGUCUUUCACCGAAGCAGCGGAGCUCUCCGCCACCGAUGAUCCGUUCAGCGGACCCAUCAAGAACAUCGCGCCCUGGAACUUUACCGUGCUUGCCGUCCUCAUGUUCGUGGUGACGUCGCUGUCUCUGACCGAGAAUUUCCUGGUCAUGUUCGUCACUUUUAAGUUCAAACAACUCCGACAGCCGCUGAAUUACAUCAUCGUUAACCUGGCCAUCGCGGACUUCCUGGUUUCCCUCACCGGGGGGCUGAUCAGCUUUCUGACCAACGCCAGGGGCUUUUUCUUCCUCGGAAAGUGGGCUUGUGUCCUGGAAGGCUUCGCUGUCACCUUCUUUGGGAUUGUGGCUCUGUGGUCUUUGGCCGUUCUGUCCUUUGAGCGGUUCUUCGUGAUCUGUCGGCCGUUGGGGAACAUUCGAUUGCAAGCAAAGCACGCCAUCCUGGGUCUGCUCUUCGUGUGGACCUUUUCCUUUAUCUGGACCUUCCCUCCAGUUCUGGGCUGGAACAGGUACACCGUGAGCAAGAUUGGAACCACCUGUGAGCCCGACUGGUAUUCUACCAACAUAACAGAUCACAGUUACAUCAUCACCUUCUUCACCACCUGCUUCAUUUUGCCUCUUGGAGUGAUAUUCUUCUGUUAUGGGAAGCUCCUUAAAAAGCUCAGAAAGGUGUCUCAUGGUCGGCUCACAACUGCCAGGAAGCCUGAGCGUCAGGUGACCCGCAUGGUUGUGGCGAUGAUUGUGGCGUUCAUGGUGGGCUGGACCCCCUACGCGGCCUUCUCUAUUCUGGUCACAGCUCAUCCAACCAUUGAACUCGAUCCAAGGCUGGCUGCGAUCCCUGCCUUUUUCUCCAAGACAGCUGCUGUCUACAACCCAGUCAUUUACGUCUUUAUGAACAAACAGUUCAGAAAGUGUCUAAUCCAGCACUUCACUGGUGUGGGCACAGUCCCAGAGAGCAACUUCAACCAAACAUCUGAACGACCUGGAAUUACUGUCGAGAGUCAAACUGGAGAAAUGUCGGCCAUUGCGGCACGCAUUCCCGUAGGCGUCGCUGGAUCACCCAGAUCUGAUGAUUCUCAAACCGACUGUGGCUCAUUUGCUCAGCUUCCCAUUCCAGAGAACAAAGUUUGUCCGCUGUAACACCUGACCUCAUUCUAAUAGGUAUUUGUUCAUUUCCAAGAGUGUGUAUCAACCUUCUGUAUUCCACCCAUGGUGUGCUUACGAACCUUUUGGACUUGAAGAACAGUAACAAGGUUUUCCCAAUUUCUUGAGGAGCAGUAGAGCAGAUAGUGAUUUUUUGAAUAAAGUCCUUAGCGCAGAAAUCUGGAACUCGAAGAUGAAUUUGUGCUUCAGAAAGUUUUAGUUGUAUGUUCAAUGUUUGAAUAAAUUGGUGAGCAUUUGCUUGAACUUAUGAAAAUCAGCCCUCAGAAAACACUGAAACAAUUAACUGCAAAACCUUGAAAUGAGUACAAUGAGGGCAAGUCUGUUUCAAACGCACCUAUAGUCUUUCAUCUUGGCCUUGCCUUUUUAUUUGAAGCCUCUUGAUGGAGUCUGCAGAAAAAGCAUAGCUUUUCUAUGCUGUUUCCAGGUUUUACUUUGGCAGCAAGUGUUGUUCAUGUUUGUAUGUCAAAAGCAAAGAACAUACUUUGUAUUUUGACUUUCUUGCACGGGCUGCUUUCAGUGGAAUUAUCAAAGAUAUUCAAAAAGAGAUGGAUAGUCAUGUCUCCAUUUUCCUCAUGCAUGUAAAGAUUUUGAAUGUAUAAUUGAUACCAGCAGGAAAUCAAAGGCUCACAAGCUACUACUGCUGUGGUCUCAAAUUUAGAGAAUGACAUGAAAAUUUUCUUUCACAACGUUUUUCUUCUUUGGUACUUGGUGAAACUAGAAUCUGGUGCAACAUUUUAUUUACCGUAUGUCAGUAAUUCAACUUAAACGUUUAAACUAGUCUACGCGACAGACUCAUUUCAUUAUUAGUAUAUUAAAAAAACUAGAAUUUUGUAAAAAGGGUCAAUAUUCUAGACUCAAAAUGUCAGCUAAUGACUCCAGAACACUUGAAGAGGGUUCCUGAGCCUUAAUUUGCUCCAGAUUUUCAAUUUAACUAUUUUCGUUUGUAUUUUUGUUGAAUGUUUUUAUUAAAAGGUUUUCACGAGUCUGAAGAUUUUAUUAGAAAAUUACCUUGUGUUUAUUCAAACACUGGGAUAAGUAUCUCGGGGUCUUGUUCAAGCGUGAGGGAAUGAUGGAGCGUGAGAUCAAUAGGGGGAUUGGUGCUGCAUCUGAUGUGGGCGUUGUACCGGUCUGUCGUGGUGAAGAGAGAGCUGAGCCAGAAGGAAAAACUCUCGAUUUACCGGUGGAUCUACGUUCCUACCCUCACCUAUUGUCACGAGCUUUGGGUAGUGACUGAAAUUACGAGAUUGCAGAUGCAAGCGGCCAAAAUGAGUUUUCUCUGCAGAGUGGCUGGGCUCUGCCUUAGAGAUAGGGUGAGAAGCUCGGUCAUUCGGGAGGGGCUCGGAGUAGACCCGCUGCUCCUCCGCAUCGAUAGGAGCCAGUUGUGGUGGCUCAGGCAUCUGAUUAGGAUGCCUCCCUGGGGAGGUUUUCCGGGCACGUCCAACCGGGAGGAAACAUAACGGGAAGUCCCAGGACCAACUGGAGGGACUAUGUCUCUCGGCUGACCAGGUAACGCCUUAGGAUUUUCUAGGAGGAGCUGGCCCAAGUGGCUGGGGAGAGGGAAGUCUGGGCCUCUCGACUUAGGCUGCUGCCUCUAGGCCUCUGGAAUUCACCCUGACAUGCUGUCAGUCAUCUUCUGGUCCAGAUCCUGACCAAUGGAGCUCAUUCUUUAUUAUUAAGUGGUUUCUUUGCUGCCCUUCUUGACACCGACCACCCUUCAACAGUUUUCUUUUCACGGUGUGAUUCAAAUUCAAAUUCAAAUUCAAAGAUACUUUAAUAAUCCCAGAGGGAAAUUAGAGUUUCAGUACACACAAUUCAGAGAUCAGACAUACAUGGGCAAGACUCUUGACAAGAACUGGUGGCCGUGGUCAUUCGCAACCCUGAGCCGUGCUACCUUAAUAGAGAUAAGAGGGUAACAAUAGGAAUUGAUUCGGGAGGAGGGAAAAAAAGGCACUUCACAGCUACUCUCCCACCAGGAGGGCAGCUUUGCUCUGCAAAAAAACACCUCAGACAGAUAAGCAACAGACUUCAGACAACACAACAUAGAUACUCCAAUAGGAAGGCGGGGUGGGUUGGUGGGGUGGGGGGUGGGGUGCUGCUGGGAUUCUGUUGC